AUGGCUCUAUUACUAAAUGACACAACAGAGGUGGAAUUGACUGGCAAUUGUAGCAUACCCUGUGAUAAUUUUACUGACACAUCGGCUACACAAACUCUGAAGAAAGCGAUGGAAAUUCUGUCUUACACCAAUUACGUCUUGCUGCCAGUAUUACUGGUGCUGGGUUUGACAGGAAACACGCUGACCAUCAUCAUUAUGCAGACCAAAAGGUACAGCCACCUUACUUCACGACUCUUCUUGAUCGCCCUGGCUUUGUCAGAUUCUGUCCUUUUGUUGACUCAGCCACUGAAUAAGAACUUUGUUCUCAUGUAUCUCGGCACAGAUUUACGAGCUUUGUCAAGCAUUGGCUGCAAAGCAUUUUUCGUUAUUUUCAAGACAGCAAAAAUGUCAUCGUCAUGGUUUCUCGUCUUCAUAUGCUGGGAGAGAUUUGUAGCUGUUUGGUUCCCCCUGAAAGCUAAAAUAAUUUGCACGAAGCGUGUAGCCGUGGCUCUAAUAGUACUGGUGUAUGUAUUCAUUUUCACGUACACUUCGAUUUGGAGCUAUGCUUCUCAAAUCACCAAAAACAAUAUUUGUCACCCCGAUGUUUACGACAAAACAGAUCCUUAUGAAGUCAGUCGGUUUGGAACAUUUUUGUUAGGGGGUUUAUCCAUUUAUUCCCUCAUUCCUAUGUGCUUUCUUAUCACAAUGACUCCGCUUAUUUCAAUAAAGCUCUCACGACAAGGCCGGAAGCGGAAGUCAAUGAUGGGAAAAUCAGUUAGAAGGAAGACUGCCUCUCAAGAUACCAACAGAACCACUGUUAUGCUGGUCGGGGUAAUGGUUGCCUACAUUCUUCUGAUCUCGCCUGUAACAGCUCUACACAUGAGCGCCUUCUUUCUUAGGCUGAAUGCAUUUGGUUCAAAUGCACUGGGGUUUCUGGUAUUCAAAGAAGUGUCUCAGAUUCUCGAGCAGCUCAACUAUGCUAUCAACUUCUUUCUCUACGUUUUGACGUCCAGUAUGUUUAGAAGUGGUCUUGAAGAACUUUUUGGAUGUAAAAGACCGAUAUCACGGGGAACAAGCGUGAAAUCGUCGUCGGGUUCUGAUUUUAAGAUCAGCACAAGGAAAAAGUACCAAGAAUCAGAGAAAAUCUCCACAAUUGCGAAAUAA